GGGUAUUUUCGGGUUUUAGCCCGAAUACAGUGAACGAGUUCCAAAGCCAUAAACCUUGGAUAUUCUUAGGAAUAAGAGGGAUGGGAGAUAUUUUCUAGCUAAUUUCAAGGGUAAUUUUGUAUAAAUGUCUGCAUACAGUGGAGCAGUGAUGGGUUCUCUUCAUCAAACUUUCUGUACUAAGAAUCCCGGGUUGUGUUCGAAGGUCUUUACUACAAAUGAGCAUCGGGUUAGCUUUUCUCGGCGAUGCAGGGUUUCUAGUGUUAAAGGGAGUUUGGUCACUGGAACACCAUCUUCAUCUGCUUCAACCCAAGACACAGUGACUGGGGAAAAUGUGAACAGCUUUGUGGAUUAUCCCCUUGAGGAUGCAGAUCCUGAACUUCAUACACUUAUCCAAAAGGAAAAACAGCGACAAUUUAACUGCUUAGAACUAAUUGCUUCUGAAAAUUUCACAUCUCGGGCUGUCAUGGAAGCAUCUGGUUCAUGUCUCACCAACAAAUAUUCUGAAGGAUUGCCUGGUAAAAGAUAUUACGGAGGCAAUGAAUACAUUGACCAAGUGGAGACCCUCUGCCAGAAAAGAGCUCUGCAAGCAUUCCACCUGGAUGAAAGCAAAUGGGGUGUUAAUGUUCAGCCAUUAUCUGGUUCUCCUGCUAAUUUUGAAGUUUACACUGCUCUCCUCAAUCCUCACGAUCGAAUAAUGGGCCUUGAUCUACCUCAUGGAGGCCACUUAUCUCAUGGCUUUAUGACUCCUAAAAGGCGAGUGUCAGGCACCUCAAUAUUCUUUGAAUCCAUGCCAUAUCGCCUUGAUGAAUCUACAGGCUAUGUUGAUUAUGAUAUGCUCGAGAAAUCAGCUGUCCUUUUCCGACCAAAGUUGAUAAUUGCUGGUGCAAGUGCAUAUCCUAGGGACUUUGAUUAUCCAUGUAUGAGGAAGAUAGCAGACUCUGUGGGAGCAUUUCUUAUGAUGGACAUGGCUCACAUCAGUGGGCUUGUUGCUGCUUCAGUUGUUGCUGACCCCUUUGAGUAUUGUGAUGUGGUUACCACAACUACACACAAGUCAUUGCGUGGUCCAAGAGGUGGUAUGAUCUUUUACAAGAAGGAUCCAGUUCUUGGUGUUGAUUUAGGGACUGCUAUAAACAAUGCUGUUUUCCCUGGUUUGCAGGGGGGUCCUCAUAAUCACACAAUUGGUGCACUUGCUGUGUGUUUACAUCAUGCCCAAUCACCUGAAUUCAAGACUUAUCAGAGCCAGGUGAUAUCCAACUGCAAAGCUUUGGCAUCCAGAUUAGUCGAACUCGGUUACAAAUUAGUUUCUGGUGGAAGUGACAAUCAUCUUGUUUUAGUGGAUGUGAGACCUCUGGGUAUUGAUGGAGCUCGUGUAGAGAAAAUUCUCGACAUCAGUUCUAUCACACUGAACAAGAACUCUGUUCCUGGCGAUAAGAGUGCCCUAGUCCCUGGUGGGAUCCGCAUUGGGACACCAGCGAUGACUACUAGAGGACUGAAGGAGAAGGAUUUCAGAAUGGUUGCCGAUUUCAUUCAUGACGGAGUGCAGAUUGCGCUCACAGCUAAAGCUCGUGCCCCAGGAGCAAAGCUCAAAGAUUUCAUAGAUUUCGUCGAGUCUUCAGAUUUUCCCCUUACGAAUGCCACUUCUGAGCUCAGGAGGAGGGUUGAAGCCCUCACUAAUCAAUUCCCCAUUCCCGGCGUGUAGAGUAAAGAACUUAUAAAGGUUUUGAGAGUUCUAUGACAUUGAGAAAUGUUCAAUGAAGUUUAUCGUGGGAUAUUGCGACAGUGUAAACCCAAAAGGGUUUUUGUGUAGAACGUUGUGCUAUUACACCGAAUCAAGUGUAUCAACAAUUUAUACAAUUCACAUUAGUAUUAUGUUUAAUAAGG